CACUGCUAUACAUUGGCUGCCUGAAAACAAGGAGAGACCUUAACUACCACGGGGGUGACAACACUCGCAGCUCGAUCAUUCAAAACACUUGAGUUCCCCAGUUGGUGACUCAGAUCACUUCAAGGCUAGUUGAAUCCGGAAGACUGGUAGGAGAAUGUGGGACCGUACAGUUAAGAUCUGGGCAGGGCAUGGCCUGUACUCAAAGGGUUCCCACCAGCCCAUAGACACCUCUGAGCAAAGUUAAAGAAGCUGUAGAAAAAGGGGCCCUUCCUCAAGAUAUUGACUGUCAUGGGCUGAAAUGCCAUCCCUCGAAUACGGUAUACUGAUCAGAAUAUUGACAACAUGAGUGGCACCUUCCUACAAGAGCUAGGACCCUGGCAUGUGCACAACCAAGACAAACAUGCUGGCAGCCCUGUGGUCCACUGGGAAUGUGGUGUCUGAUGAGGCCCUCCUUUGCAGAUAUCGGCCACAAGAUGCUGACCCUGUGGGCCUUGGCCAUCAUGCUAGCCAUCCAGGCAGGAGCGCUUGACCUACCGACCACACCUUCACAGCUGGGAGCCCCUCCUUACCAAAUAACCUCUGGGCUUCCCGUUCAUUUUCUGAUCAGUGUGCCUGACCCACAAGUCCCCAGAAUUUCCUCAAUCAGAAAAGGCUCUCCACCUCCAAGACGUGCAGCUGGCACCUCAGGAGCCAGAUGUCCACCCGUGGCCAAAUACCUUGUGUCUAGCAGCAAACUCAAUGACUAUCUGAAUGCCACCCUGACCCCGAAGAUAGAGAACAUGCUGAAGUGCGAGGAGAUAAAUCUGGCCGGUGUGUUGGGAGAAGUGAUAUCCACAGUGUCCAACUCUGACCUGCUGUCUGUGUUAGAUCUUAGCUCAUCCCUCGAUAUCCUUAGAGGUGGUGGCCUCGGUGGUGGCCUUGGUGGUAUCCUGGGCAAAGGAACGGCACCCCUCAAUAUCCUUGGAGGUGGUGGCCUUGGUGGUAUUCUGGGAAAGGGGAGCAGCAACAAGCCCCCAAAGCACCCCCAGUCAUUGCUCUCAGAAGCCACUAGUGCUGUCAGUGACCUCGGCCAGGAGGCUCUGGGCAGUCUGCCACUUGUCGACAGCACUGGUCUCUUGACUGGAGACAAACUCAAAGAAACCACUGACGGCAUACUGAACAGUGUGGUGCCAAAAGACAUUGACAGUGCGCUCACAGGCCUGCUGGGAAAUAUCGACUUGGCAGAUCUCUUGUUAGGAUUAGAGGUUGAAAAAGUGACUGUGGAGAACAUGACGUCAACCAUGACAGGCAACGGGAUCCUUGUCCACGCCGUGACUACUGCCUUCAUAGGUGGAAAUGGCCUAGCAGGACCUGUAGUCAGCAUACUGGGAUUUCAAGUGCAUGCAGAUGUAACUCUGCAAAUUGGAAUUUCCACCAACAACACGCAAUGUGUUAGCCUCCUAGUCCAGGGGAAGAACAUCGAAGUCAAGAAUGUCAACCUGCAGAUAGCAGAGGUGGUCACAGGUGUUUUGCCUCUGCCUCUGCCCUUGGAUGAUACCAUUUCUCAAUUGCUGACAGUAACUAUGAACGAGAAUAUUGAACGAUCCAAAUCAUGUGGCAUUGAGCUCAGUGAUGUCAACGAAUGCAAGAACUCUACUGGCUUGUUCAACUACCAAGUUAGAAGUUCCAGGAUUUCUGCAGAGGGUCUUUCAAUCCUCUACUGUGCCUACUUUAACCAAAAUAAAUCCCCUGUGCCUGGAAGCUACCUUCCUCCAGAUCCUAAAAAUGUCAACACUGCCGUGAUUUUGUCCCGAAUGAUGCUCAGGGAGAUUGUCACUAAAAGUGCCAAGGAGAGCUCUGUCAAGAUAAACAACCUGGAAGCAGCGAUCACCAAAAUCGUUUACUACCACCUGCCAAACAACAAAAUCAAAGCCACCUACUGGGUCAACAUGGAAAGGGAUGGUGAGAACAUAGCCACUGAGCAGACGAAUGUCACCAUCUCCCAUGCAAGUGAGAUUUCAAACAACAAAAUCAAAACAACCAUCAAGAUUGUCAGUGCUAAACACAGCAUGCCACCCCCUGAGGCUGUGGAGGAAGAAAGAGAUGUGCUACAUGAAGUUCUGAAGAAAGUUGUAUUUGCUGUUACCGGCAAUCUAAAUCAAUGGAAUAUUCCACUAGGAGCAAUCCCAAAUUCUCUAAACAGUGCCAAGCUUCAAGUGCUUAAAUCGAAUGAUUUUCAAGCCACAAACUAAACCCAGCACCGGAAGCCAGGGAAUGUUUCAGAAUGAAAGCAAAGAUAUUCUGUAAUCCCUCUCUAUGAAACACAGUGGAAAAGACAUCUUUUUGACUAAGGAAUUAAGUAGAGUUAGUGUUCUCAACAUGUCCAGCUAUGCUUUGGAAUUUCACCAACAAUACCCUGAAUUAACAAGUCUAAGAAAGGCAGGAAUCCAGGGAUAGGGGGGACUUUUCUAAUUAUCUCACCAAUAAAUAACCUGUUUUCAUGCAGAAAAAAAAAAAAAAGUGACGUCUUUAAUUCUUACAAACAGGAGUUCCAUUGUGUGCUUAUGACUAGUAAAAGCACUUCUUACUGGGGACAAAAAUUUAGUAAUAUGAGUGAUGAGGCCACAAAACUCAGGAUUACUUUACAGAGUGAUGAGGCCACAAAACUCAGGAUUACUUUACAGAGUGCUCUAGGGAACAAUCCUGACAAUGAUUAAGAUUUUUCUUCCCAUAGCUCAGGCCUCCCCUCCCGAAACGUUCUCUUCUGUCCAUUGGCCCAAGAUGAAAAUCACACAGGGGCUAGGAUCCAACUUCCCCAUCGUCACAUGUUAAAAACUGAAGGGCACAGUGAAAGUGAAGUCACUCAGUCGUGUCCGA